AUGGAUCCCGAUACGAGCCAAGCCUUCACCGAGGCUAAUUCCGAUGAUGAAAUGGAGAGUUUAAUGCUGUGCGAUAAUGAAAUCGACGAAAAUAGCGACAACGAGGACGAAGCACCGAAAGUCACAAAGAAAAAUAUGAAAAAAUUACUCAGCGACAGUGAAGAAGAGCAAGAAAAGGAUGAAAAACAAGCGGAAACAGAACCAGAAGUUGCAAAAAAGAAGAAAUUCUCAGCUUUGAUAGAUUCAGAUUCGGAAAAUGAAGUUCAGGAAGACCCGAAAGAGGCUGAAAAAAGUUCUGAUGACGAAAGUUCCGAAGAAAAAUCAAAUUUUUCGAAGCAAAAAGAUAAAAAAUUGUUGAGCGAUAGCGAAGAUGAACAAGAAAAUGAUGAAAAACAAAAGGAAAUUGUACAAAAAAAGAAAUUUUCAGCAUUAAUUGACUCAGAUUCUGAACCUGAAGCGCCUUACGAGACAAAAAAUACUUCAGAUAACGAGAAUUCUGAUGGAAAAACGAAAUUUUCUGCCUCUCCGAAGAAAAAAUCGAAACAAAAACGCAAGAAAAAGGAAAAAACCAAAUCGAAUGACAUUUUAGCAGGUUUAAAUCUCGAUUUCGGAAGCGACAGUGACAAUUCUAUCGCUGGUUCGGAAAAGUCUUCGUCAAAAAAUAGCGACUCAGAUGGAGAAUUAUCGGGAGAUGAGUUCAUUAGACAAGCCGGAGAAGCAAAUUUACAUUCAGAUGAACCAAAAAAACAACGAGUGAGAAUUUUUUUUUUAUUUUUCUUAAAUUUUUAUUAA